GAUUUCUAAAGGAAGCAGAGUGUCUUGGUCUGUCGAGUCUGUCGACCUUCCUCCUCCAAAGUCGGAACGCUCACGCGCUGCACACACUUUGUCUGGAUCACGACUGGAUAAUAUCGUUCAUCUGCGUCUCAUCUGAAGCACCUGCAUCAUGUCCAUCCACAAGAUCCACGCCAGAGAGAUCUUUGACUCCCGUGGAAACCCCACCGUGGAGGUUGACCUUUACACUGACAAAGGCUUGUUCCGGGCAGCUGUGCCGAGCGGUGCCUCCACUGGGAUCUACGAGGCCUUGGAGCUCAGAGACAAUGACAAGUCUCGCUACCUUGGAAAAGGAGUGACGCAGGCUGUUGGACACAUUAAUUCAACGAUUGCACCGGCACUUGUUGGACAGGAUCUGUCUGUGGUGGAGCAAGAGAAGAUCGACCAGAUCAUGAUUGACAUGGACGGCACAGAUAACAAGUCCAGGUUUGGAGCGAACGCCAUCCUGGGUGUGUCGCUGGCCGUUUGCAAAGCCGGCGCAGCAGAGAAAGGCGUCCCUCUGUUUCGUCACAUCGCCGACCUCGCAGGAAACCCAGAAGUCAUCCUGCCCGUGCCGGCUUUCAACGUGAUCAACGGUGGCUCUCACGCCGGCAACAAGCUCGCCAUGCAAGAGUUCAUGAUCCUCCCCGUCGGUGCAAGCACCUUCAAAGAGGCCAUGCGCAUCGGAGCCGAGGUCUACCACAACCUCAAAAGCGUCAUCAAGAAGAAAUACGGACAAGACGCCACUAACGUGGGAGACGAAGGCGGUUUCGCUCCAAACAUCCUGGAGAAUCAGGAAGCCCUGGAGUUGAUCAAGGAGGCCAUAAGCAAAGCGGGCUACACCAACGAGGUGGUGAUCGGCAUGGACGUGGCCGCUUCCGAGUUUUACAGGGACGGGAAAUACGACCUGGACUUCAAGUCGCCCGACGACCCGAGCCGCUACAUCUCCCCCGACGAGCUGGCCGACCUCUACAAGAGCUUCGUGAAGGAUUAUCCAGUUGUGUCCAUUGAAGAUCCUUUCGAUCAGGAUGAUUGGGCGGCCUGGACGAACUUCACGGGCAGCACAGACAUCCAGAUUGUUGGAGACGAUCUGACCGUGACAAACCCGACCCGCAUCAGCAAGGCCGUGGUGGAGAAGGCCUGCAACUGUCUGCUGCUCAAAGUCAACCAGAUCGGCUCGGUGACGGAGUCGAUGAAGGCGUGUAAGAUGGCCCAGGAGAGCGGCUGGGGGGUGAUGGUCAGCCAUCGCUCGGGUGAAACUGAGGACACCUUCAUAGCAGAUCUAGUGGUCGGGUUGUGCACUGGACAGAUAAAGACUGGAGCUCCGUGCCGCUCUGAGCGUUUGGCCAAAUACAACCAGAUUCUCAGAAUUGAAGAGGAGUUGGGAGACAAGGCUCGAUUUGCUGGGAAGAACUUCAGAAACCCUCUGAACCAGUAGAGUACUGAAGAAUCUACUGCUGCGAUACACAACAGCACACUGGCUAACACCAAGCACCUCUGAGGGAGAACUGUGAAUGUAGAAUUACUGACAACUUUCUGCAGCUGCGACUGUUAAUAAACCUUAAACUUUUUCAACAUGGUGAAAAUUGAUAGACUGUAAUUUAAGCACAGCAUUAAUAAUUAAGCACUUAAAAACUGUAUUGAAAAGAUGCACUGGGAGUCACAA